GCCGGUCCUCCACUCGACCUCCUAGGCUCUGCAAACCACAAAACACCACGCUCCCCAAUUCAGAGUUUGUCCCAACAUCUUCGCCUCCUCCUUCCCCCCCAAAUACCCCAGUGGAGUAGGAUUUCCAUCAGGACCCCAGCUCGUCGCGAACGUGGAUUUGGCGCCUUCUGUUGUCCAAGAUACCCCCUCUGCGCCUACCCGACAUUUGCCAAGGUCGCGCACCUUGCCCAACCGCAAGGUCACACGGCCUCCCCAACCUCUCACCGCCGGCGCCAGCGCCAGCGCGUCCAUCUCAACGUCUCGCCCGUCACCUGUGCCUCACUUCAGGGUUCUUACAUUGCUUAGCCCGGGUUGCAUGCGCUACAUGCUCUAGAUUUCAUCAAUCAUCACCAGUUUCUUUAAACCAGGCUCAUCAAUUCCCACGACGUCGGCUGCCCGUCAUGACCGAGGUUUCUUCCACCAGGCUCUAUUUGGGCAACCUUCCUCGCACCGCCACCAAAGCGGACAUCGAGGCCCAUUUCGCCUCCCAUGGAACUGGCGAAAUCACGGAAAUCAAGCUCAUGAAUGGAUAUGCCUUCAUAGAAUAUAAGGAUCCCAUGGAUGCUCGAGAUGUUGUUCCUGAUGGUUCCAUCUUCAUGGGCCAGCGCCUGACCGUCCAGUUUGCCCGCGGUAGCCGUCAGCGAGAAAGCGAACCCGGUUCCGGUGGCUACAACGACCGCCCUACCCCUCGUCCCCGACGCACCCAAUACCGGAUGCAGAUUACGGGACUCCCCAACGAUACCAGCUGGCAGGACCUCAAAGAUUUUGCUCGACAGUCAAACCUUGACGUUGUCUAUUCGGAGACCGCCCGUGACGGCAACGGUCGUGGUUUUGUCGAGUUUGAAACCGCUGCAGACUUGAAGACCGCCGUUGAGAAGCUUGACAACCGUGAGUUCAAGGGCAAGCCCGUCACUUGCAUUGCCGAUACCCAAGCAGACAUUCCCAGAAGUGAUCUCCGCGGUCGGUCUCGGUCCCCCGGUUUUCGGCGGCCGCAUGGUCCUCCCAUAGAUGACUACGAACGCCGCGGUCCUCCACCCCGCGGAUACAGCCCUCGUGGCUACCGCGACGGAUACCGUGACAGGAGCCCCCGUCGCGAUUACUACGACGACCGGGCCCGUUAUCGGUCCCCCCCUCGGCGACCAGUCGACGAUUACCCUCCCCCACCUCCAAGAGGCCGCUAUGAUGAUCCUUAUCGCCGAGACUAUCCCCCUCCACCCGACCCCUAUGCCAAUGGUCGACCCUACGACCGCCCUCCUCGGGACUUUGUACCUCCGCCUCCCCCCCCUCGCGACGUCGGAUAUCCCCGUGAUCCGUACCCGCGUGAGUACGAUCGUGGCGGCCGUUACUGGUAA